GUACUAAAACCAGCUGUUUUCUUGAUAAAACGGUGUACAUUUCAUACAAAUCGGCAACGUGGGUUUUAGUGAGUAUACGGGAAACAAAGUUCUGUUCCUGAAUUUGUAUUCAAAACUCACUUUAUGGCUCUUAAACUGAAUCUAAUAGUGGCUGCCAGUGAAAACUGGGGAAUUGGCAAAAAUGGCACGCUUCCCUGGAAGCUUAAAAAGGAAAUGGCCUUCUUUCGGACAAUGACCUCAGCAACUGAAGACAAAAGCAAGAAAAACGUUGUAAUAAUGGGCAGGAGAACUUGGGAAAGUAUCCCAGCUCAAUUCAAACCGCUGCCUAAUAGAAUUAACUUCGUGCUGAGUCGAUCUGGCUUAAACUUGGAUCAGUACAGCAAUACUCAGAGUUUUACUAGCUUCCGAGAGGCUCUGGAUAAGCUGGAAGAGAGCGCCUUUAGGCAACUGUACGAAAACGUGUGGAUUAUUGGAGGAUCCAGCUUGUAUAACGAAACCUUCAGAUCGCCCCAUUUCCAUAGAUUGUAUUUGACAAAAAUUCACAAGGAGUUUGAUUGCGACACUUUCCUACCUGCAUUACCUGGCAAUCUGAAGGAGAUUAGUGAUCCAGCAGUGACUGAAGAUAUUCAAGAAGAGAAUGACAUUGAAUACACAUUCCAAGUGUUUGAAGUAACUAAUUAAGCAAUAAAUCGACGACUUCUAACCAAAAUUAAAACAAUAUAUUGAUAUGUCGAUUGUAAAUAAUUAAAAUAUAUAAUUACAUUGACUAACAUAAAUUAGUUGUAUCACACAAAUAAGACCGCGCUUUAUCGUUCACUAAUUUAUCACGUAGUUUUAUUGGGACUUUUGCAUUAUUACCGUCGAAUCUUCAAAAUACAACACCAUUUUAAACUAUAUUUGUAUCAAAGUGUUUUUAAGUGAUUACAGUUUAAAUAGAAUUAGAAUUUCUUCUUUGGCUACUUAAUUAAAAAUAAAGGAUUUUUUAAAUGAAACGUUAA